AUGGUUGUCACGCCUGCCGGCCGUCUCUGUCACGCCUCGCGUCUGUCACGGCUGCCGCUGUUACGAACAAGUCCCAACCACGUCCGGCCGGCGCCCACACAGCAGCGGCCUUCCCUUCCAGCCUGUCCAUCCGCACCCGCUGCUCUGGCGGAGGCUCGCUCGCUGGUCCGCGCUGCACCCCUCCAGUCCAGCAGUCCAGCACGUCCAGCACCCGACUCUGGUGUUGCUCCGGCCGCGGCGGACACGAUCGGGUGCUGGCCACUCGCAGGACGACGACGCCGCCCCUCAGCUGCACCGGGCCACUGGAUGCAUGCGCUACGUCUGCAACGAUGCGACAGUUGCCAACGGAGGCCCACCGACGACGACAACGACGAGGCCGGUGUCGCGCAUGAGAGUCGCGGCGGCGGCGUCGUUGAGAGUCGUGGGCCCCAUCCGAAACACUGGGACGCGAUGGCGCUCCCAAGCUCAACGGGCCAAUUUGCACAGACGGCAAGCGUGGGAGGCCCUGCCACCGUUUGCGCUGAGCCGCACUCUGUUUUGAUGCGGCUCGCUUGGUACGAGUACCUCAUUUCCGUGGGUGAAAAUUUUCGCUACCUGUCUCACAAGUCACUGUUUUCAUGCCGUCCCUUUACCGCAACUCUGCGCUCCUCGAGUGCCGUCUCGUCCAGCAAGCCCUCCCUCUGGCCGGCAAAGAUAGUGCUGUCUCUUGCGAAAAGGCCCACUGCGCGCGCGGCGAUGAUUCGCGCCUCCAUUCUCAAUCCCACAUGCAACUGGACAUGCACUGUAAAUCUUGGCGCCCACACGAAUAUUGACCGUCUCCCCCCUUUUCCACCACCAUCAUUGGUCUGCGCCGCCGAAAAGGCCAGUGGCGUCGCACGGGGAGAGUACUUCCCUCUUCCGCACCGCGAUGUCCACUGUAACCAGCCUGGCGGAUACUCACCGAUACUCAACACCCUCGACUAUCUCCCACCAACGCGCCGACAACUCAUCCAGCGCGCUCCUUCGCACUCACAGCCUGGGUCCGUCACCUGUUUCCGUCGCCUGUUUGCUGCACCCACUGUAUCAGGCCAGCAUUCCGCUGUUGGUAUCAGCGAAUAGCGUCCUACGAGACGCAAUGACGCAGUUCACAGGUCGGACGUCUGCACAGUCCAGCAGGCUGCGUCGACAGCGGAUGAUCCGGGAGGCCACGUUUGCGCGGCUACUCCUGCAGGCCUGCCAGGCUGAGAGCUGCAUCCCACCGCUAGCUGCGUGCUGCUUCGUUUGCAGCGCCCAAAAUAUCCAGCAACGUCGAAUUAAACUUGAGACCGUCUUUCGGCGAGCACGAGCUGACUGUGGCGCAGCACUCCUGACUCAUCUGGUACGUAUCAUCUUCAUCACGUACAGCGGUUUGCUGCAACUCUAUUGGGAAGUUCGAGAUGCUCGCGGUGGCGACAUGGCGUAAGCCGGGGGCAACACCACUCUAUCGCCGUAUCCCAACUUCAAAUUGGCCACCUUUCCUCGCC